CAAAUACUUUCUCUCUCUUCGCAGCUCCACUCUUCUGAUCUUCGCUCUUCACCGUCACUCUCCUACUUUAACUUCACCACCCCCGCAGACUCUCUCAUCAAUGCUCCUCUCAUCCUCUUCGUAGCUCCAACAACAACGCGUUUCUCGCCGUGAUCUCCUCGCUCGCCGCCUGGUCCCUGUCGGAUUCCUCUCUCCUCACGCUUGCGCCUGAAGCUGAGCUCGCCGCCGGCGGAUCCGGCUUCGCCUCCAGCGGAAUUCGCCCUCACGGCCAAAUGCUCGUUGUUUAACCGGCCUCAUCGCGUCCGAAUCGGCCAGUUCGGCGUUCGGAUUCUCUAGCAAUGGCGAUCUACGGUCCUGUGACUCCUGGCCAGGUUUCCUUUCUGAUCGGAAUCAUUCCGACAAUCGUGGCGUGGAUUUACUCAGAACUUCUAGAGUACAAGAGAAAUUCGGUCUCAUCCAAAGUUAGACGCUCAGAUGUCAAUUUAGUUGAAAUGGGGAAUGAUGUGGUCAAGGAUGAUGACAGAGCAGUAUUUUUGGAGGGUGGAGGUCACCAGUCAGCUUCACCCAGAUCUAGAAAUUCAUCUGCCACAUCUCCUGUUUUCAGAUUUUUGGUGAUGGACGAGUCUUUCUUGGUUGAAAAUCGAUUGACUCUUAGGGCUGUAGCGGAAUUUGGCAUACUUCUCGGAUACUUUUUCUUGUGUGACCGUACUGAUUUUUUUGGCUCAUCAAAGAAGAGUUACAAUCGGGACCUUUUCUUAUUUCUAUACUUCCUUCUCAUCAUCGUUUCAGCAAUGACAUCUUUCAAGAUGCAUAAUGAUAAGUCACCUCUUUCUGGGAAAUCUAUUCUUUAUCUGAAUAGACAUCAGACUGAGGAGUGGAAAGGUUGGAUGCAGGUAUUAUUUUUGAUGUACCAUUACUUUGCUGCCUCAGAAAUCUAUAAUGCAAUCCGCUUAUUCAUUGCCGCGUAUGUCUGGAUGACUGGAUUUGGGAACUUUUCGUAUUAUUAUGUGCGCAAAGAUUUUAGCCUUGCAAGGUUUGCCCAGAUGAUGUGGCGACUUAAUUUCUUGGUGUUAUUUUGCUGCGUUGUCCUCAACAAUAGUUACACGCUUUAUUACAUCUGCCCGAUGCACACUCUGUUCACCCUUAUGGUCUAUGGAGCACUUGGUAUUCUAAACAAAUACAAUGAAGUUGGGAUGGCAAUUGCUUUGAAAAUCAUUGCUUGCUUUUUGGUGGUUAUUCUAGUAUGGGAAGUUCCUGGAGUAUUCGAACUGGUUUGGAGCCCUUUCACAUUUCUUCUAGGUUAUUCUGAUCCAGAUCCUUCAAAAGCAAAAUAUCCUUUAUUGCAUGAGUGGCACUUCCGUUCCGGCCUUGACCGCUACAUAUGGAUAGUGGGGAUGAUCUACGCUUAUUAUCAUCCAACUGUUGAAAGGUGGAUGGAGAAGCUGGAAGAAGCAGAAUGGAAACGCAGACUCGCCAUAAAAGGAACUGUCAUAUUGACGUCGUUAACGGUGGGAUAUCUGUGGUUUGAGUAUGUAUACAAGCUGGAUAAGAAAACCUACAAUAAGUACCAUCCUUAUACCUCAUGGAUCCCAAUUACUGUCUAUAUAUCCUUGCGGAACGUUACCCAACAUCUUCGGAGUUGCACUUUGACCCUUUUUGCAUGGCUUGGGAAGAUAACCCUGGAGACCUACAUCUCACAAAUCCAUAUUUGGUUAAGGUCAGGCACUCCGGAUGGUCAACCAAAAUUGUUGCUGUCACUCAUUCCUGACUAUCCAAUGUUGAACUUCAUGCUCACUACCUCUAUAUACAUUGUGGUUUCACACCGACUCUUCAACCUUACCAAUACACUGAAAAAUGCAUUUGUGCCUAGUAAAGAUGACAAGCGUCUUUUGAACAAUAUGAUUUCUGCGGCAGUCAUCUCAAGUGUUUUAUACUCUCUAUCAUUUGUUUUCCUAAAGUUCCCUCGGAUAUGGGUAUAAGAUAUGAAUCGUAAAUUCGUUGUAUAGAACGAUUACUUAUCAAUCUUGGUGGAUGUGGGAAGUCCAAGUUUUCCAUUGGUGGUCGACACUGGUAAGCAGAGGAAACAGGUGUGACACUUGCAAAUCGAAGCAUACUAUAUCAUUUACGACGUGUAAAAAUGAUGCCCCAGAUUCGGCGUCCGUGCUUGUCAUUUGUAAUUUCAACAUUUCCAAGAUAGUAAAAGAGCAAUAGCAAGACCAUGAUAGCAAUGUUGCUUAGCGGCUCCCUCGCAGGGUCAUACCGAACACCGACAAGCAUUUGGCCCUGCCAUUUGUCUCCCUCUCGUCCCCGUUUCCGGAUGGAACUGCUUUCAGUUUCCCUUUUAUUGCCUCCAAUUACAGUGAAACUGUCUUACGAGUUAACAUCUGGGCAGGAA